CCCAAUCGGUUUAAUCUCUUGCAUUAUUUCCUCUCCUGCUCGUCUCUCUCUCUCUUUCUCUCUCUUCACUGUCACUGCCUCCCAUCUCUGCGAAGAACAAAAUAACUCACUGAGAAAUCAAUUAACUUUGUUUUAAAGUAACUCGCUAAUUAUACAAGAAGAUCAGCUAAUUUCCUGCCCGUCUUUCGAUAUCUACACUACCUUUCGUUUAUUUUAUACAUUUUCUUAUUCUCGUGUUUCUGAAUCACAAACGGAAACAUCCUUUUCUAUGCGUUCUUCUUUUAUUUGGUUGGGCGUGAGUACGGGAAUGCAGCAGACCUGCUGAUAUUUCUGAGUCCAGAAUCCGAUGGGAAAUCGCCAGAUAUCGUGUUAAAUUGAAGCUAUGCUAGCUUUUUUGGGCGUUUCAUGGAGUUAAUUUUCCGGUAUGGUUCAUUUACCGGCCGCGGAUUUCGUAAUCAGCAACGACUUGCGCUCAUUUUUUUAGAGAUUGUAUUGAUAUUAUUAUGGUUGAAAACUGCAAAUGGAAAGUCCAAAGAGGCCCAAUUGCAAUGGCAAGGCAUGGAAAGUGUUAGCAAAAGCAUUGCCUCACAUUCGUGCAUUCAUGACCGUAUAAUUGAAGAAAGGAGGAAACCAGGUCGCAAGGUAUACUCAGUUACUCCGCAGGUUUAUGAUGAGCCUGCUACCUCAAAACGCCUUCACCGCAAAGGAAGGGCAUUGCUUGGAAUUUCUGAAGCCUUAGGGCAGCAAAGGGAUGCAAAGCAGCCUAUUAGAAUAUAUUUAAAUUAUGAUGCUGUUGGUCACUCACCUGAUAGAGAUUGCCGAAGAAUUGGUGACAUUGUGAAGCUCGGGGAGCCUGCUUUGAGUACUCUGCCUGGAACUCAUUCCUGCAAUCCUCAUGCUGAUCCUCCUGUUUAUGGUGAUUGCUGGUAUAACUGUACUUUAGAUGAUAUAUCUGGGGAAGACAAAAAGCACCGCCUUCGCAAGGCUUUGGGGCAGACAGCAGAUUGGUUCAAGAGAGCUUUAGCUGUUGAGCCUGUGAAGGGAAACUUGCGCUUAAGUGGAUAUUCUGCAUGUGGACAAGAUGGCGGUGUGCAACUUCCUCACGAAUAUGUUGAAGAGGGUGUCGCAGAUGCAGACUUGGUACUCCUGGUGACUACAAGACCUACCACCGGCAAUACGCUUGCAUGGGCUGUGGCCUGUGAACGUGAUCAAUGGGGCCGUGCAAUUGCUGGGCAUGUGAAUGUUGCUCCUCGGCAUUUAACGGCUGAAGCAGAGACAUUACUGUCGGCUACACUAAUUCAUGAGGUUAUGCAUGUUCUUGGUUUUGAUCCCCAUGCCUUUGCACAUUUUCGAGAUGAGAGAAAAAGAAGACGUGCUCAGGUUACUGAACAAGAAAUGGAUGAAAGACUUGGGCGCAUGGUGACACGUGUAGUGCUUCCACGUGUUGUUAUGCACUCACGACACCAUUAUGGGGCCUUUUCUGAAAAUUUCACUGGAUUAGAGUUAGAAGAUGGGGGAGGGCGUGGAACUUCAGGGUCUCACUGGGAAAAGAGGCUUCUGAUGAAUGAGAUUAUGACAGGGUCAGUAGAUACCAGAUCAGUAGUUUCAAAAAUGACUCUGGCACUAUUGGAGGAUAGUGGAUGGUAUCAGGCUAAUUAUAGCAUGGCAGACCGUCUUGACUGGGGACGCAACCAGGGAACUGAGUUUCUUACUUCUCCAUGCAAUCUUUGGAAGGGAGCAUAUCAUUGCAAUACAACACAGUUAUCAGGCUGUACAUAUAACAGGGAGGCAGAAGGUUACUGCCCAAUAGUAAGUUAUAGUGGAGAUUUACCUCAGUGGGCUCGUUAUUUUCCACAGGCUAACAAAGGUGGUCAGUCUUCAUUGGCUGAUUACUGUACGUACUUUGUGGCCUACUCUGAUGGAUCUUGUACGGACAUCAAUAGUGCACGGGCACCUGACAGAAUGUUAGGGGAAGUGCGAGGGAGCAACUCAAGGUGCAUGGCCUCAUCGCUAGUACGUACUGGUUUUGUUAGAGGUUCCAUGACUCAAGGAAAUGGCUGUUAUCAGCACAGAUGUGUAAAUAACUCCUUAGAGGUUGCUGUAGAUGGGAUUUGGAAAGCGUGUCCUGAAUCUGGUGGACCGGUUCAGUUCCUUGGUUUUAAUGGUGAAUUGAUUUGUCCGGCCUACCACGAACUUUGUAGCAGUGUCCCAGUUUCUGUGUUUGGGCAGUGUCCCAAUUCCUGUAAUUUUAAUGGAGAUUGUGUUGAUGGAAAGUGUCGCUGUUUUCUUGGGUUUCAUGGUCAUGAUUGUAGUAGUCGAUCCUGUCCCAGCAAUUGUAAUGGACAUGGCAAAUGCCUGAUGAACGGGAUCUGUGAAUGUGAAACUGGUUUUACUGGCACUGACUGUUCCACCGCUGUAUGCGAUGAACAAUGCAGCCUUCACGGAGGAGUCUGUGAUAAUGGAGUUUGUGAAUUCCGCUGCUCUGACUAUGCCGGGUAUACAUGCCAAAACAGCUCCAUGCUCCUCUCCAGCCUAUCAGUCUGCAAAAACGUACUGGGGAGUGAUAUAUCUGGGAAACACUGUGCGCCAAGUGAACCGAGCAUACUGCAACAGCUCGAGGAAGUUGUUGUCAUGCCCAACUACCACCGCCUGUUCCCUGGUGGUGCUCGGAAAUUAUUUAAUAUCUUUGGCAGCAGCUACUGUGAUGAAGCUGCCAAAAGACUAGCUUGCUGGAUCUCGAUCCAGAAAUGUCAUAAUGAUGGGGACAACAGACUUCGGGUGUGUCAUUCAGCAUGUCAUUCAUAUAAUUUAGCAUGCGGAGCAUCACUUGACUGCUCAGAUCAAACUCUUUUCAGUAUUGGCGGAGAGCAAGAAGGUCAGUGUACAGGAAAAGGUCUGAUAAAAUUGUCAUGGUUUAGUCGAUAUUGGAAUACCGAGUCGUCUAAUGAUAGCUCUUCGGAUAAAUCAUCUGUAUAAUAUAGGCAGCAUUAGGUUUUUUUAUUUUAUUUUAUUUUUUUCUUUUAAAUUUUCCUUUUGUUUUUGAGUUGUCUUUUUCUUUUGUUGUUAAAUCUUGGCUUGUAAUUUUUCUAGGGUGUAGAGAAAGUUUUGGCACAUAAUGCCGUGCCCUAGAGGGUAGAGGUAGUGUCCAAUUGUGUUGAGCCCAAGUUAUUUGAUUAAUUUGGGUGAGGUUGGGCUUUCAAGAAAAGAAAGCCAUUUGUAGAGAUAUUGAAAAGAAAGAGAGAGAGAGAGAGAGAUAGAAACAACAAAAAGCAAUGUUUGGCCGAAGGCCUUAUUAGCAGAAAAGGAAAAGCCUAGUGUUCUAUUUGCAAA